UCCUGGACUAGCAGGGGCGGCCCCGCCUCCCUGCCUCCCAGGCCAGCCUGUGUCAGCGAGGUCCCCUGCCCGACCCAGACUCAGAAGUCCGCUCUGGCCAGUGACGCCUGUGCUCCUUCUCCGAUCCUGCCGACCCGCCCCUGCGGCCAUGAAGAUCGCAGUGAUUGGACAGAGCCUGUUUGGCCAGGAAGUUUACAACCACCUGAAGGAGGAGGGUCACAAGGUCGUGGGCGUGUUCACUGUGCCAGACCAGGAUGGGAAGGUGGACCCCCUGGGCCUGAAGGCUGAGCAGGAUGGAGUGCCGGUGUUCAAGUUCACCCGCUGGAGGGCAAAGGGGCAGGCUCUGCCCGACGUGGUGGCGAAGUACCAGGCCCUGGGUGCCGAGCUCAACGUCCUGCCCUUCUGCAGCCAGUUCAUCCCCAUGGAGAUCAUCAGUGCCCCCCGCUAUGGCUCCAUCAUCUACCACCCGAGCCUGCUCCCCCGGCACCGAGGGGCCUCAUCCAUCAACUGGACCCUCAUUCAUGGAGACAAGAAAGCGGGGUUUACCAUCUUCUGGGCGGAUGAUGGCCUGGACACUGGAGACCUUCUGUUGCAGAAGGAGUGUGACGUCCUCCCGGAUGAUACCGUGAACACGCUGUACAGCCGCUUCCUCUUCCCAGAAGGCGUCAAAGGGAUGGUUCAGGCCGUGAGGCUGAUUGCCGAAGGCAAAGCCCCCAGACUCCCGCAGCCUGAGGAAGGAGCCACCUAUGAGGGGAUUCAGAAGAAAGAAACAGCCAGGAUCAACUGGGAACAGCCAGCAGAGGCCAUUCAUAACUGGAUCCGCGGGAACGACAAGGUGCCAGGUGCCUGGACAGAAGCCUGUGGGCAGAAACUGACAUUUUUCAACUCAACGCUGAAUACCGCAGGCCUGGUGCCAGAGGGAGAAGCUGUGCCCAUCCCAGGAGCCCAUCGGCCAGGGGUGGUCACCAAAGCGGGACUCCUCCUCUUCGGGAAUGACGACCAAAUGCUGCUGGUGAAGAACAUCCAGCUGGAGGAUGGCAAGAUGAUCCCAGCCUCGCAGCUCUUCAGGGGAAUGGACAACAGCGCCCUGGAGCUGACAGAGGAGGAGCUGGCCACUGCGGAGGCUGUGCGGGGUGCCUGGAAACGGAUUCUGCCCAGCGUCCCAGAGGUUGAUGACUCCACUGAUUUCUUCAAGUCGGGCGCCGCGUCGGUGGAUGUUGUGAGGCUGGUUGAGGAGGUGAAGGAGCUGUGUGAUGGCAUGGAACUGGAGAAUGAAGAUGUUUACAUGGCCACUACCUUUGGAGACUUCAUCCAGCUGUUAGUGAGAAAGCUGCGAGGGGACAAGGAGAGCGAGUGUGUCAUUGACUAUGUGGAAAAGGCAGUGAACAAGCUGACCCUCCACAUGCCCCACCAGCUCUUCAUUGGGGGCGAGUUUGUGGAUGCUGAGGGGGCCAGGACCUACGAAACCAUCAACCCGACUGAUGGAAGCGUCAUAUGCCAGGUGGCCCUGGCCCAGGUCAGCGAUGUGGACAAGGCAGUGGCUGCCGCAAAGGAUGCCUUUGAGCACGGGCUGUGGGGCAGGAUUAGUGCACGGGACCGCGGCCGCCUCCUGUACAGGUUGGCAGACCUCAUGGAACAGCACCAGGAGGAGCUGGCCACCAUCGAGGCGCUGGAUGCAGGUGCUGUCUACACACUGGCCCUGAAGACCCACGUGGGCAUGUCCAUCCAGACCUUCCGCUACUUCGCUGGCUGGUGCGACAAGAUCCAGGGCAGCACCAUCCCCAUCAACCAGGCCAGACCCAACCGGAACCUGACCUUGACCAGGAGGGAGCCCAUCGGGGUCUGUGGCAUUGUCAUCCCCUGGAACUACCCCCUGAUGAUGCUGUCCUGGAAGACGGCCGCCUGCCUGGCUGCUGGAAACACAGUGGUGAUCAAGCCCGCCCAGGUGACCCCGCUCACAGCCUUGAAGUUUGCAGAGCUGACCCUGAAGGCCGGCAUUCCCAAGGGUGUGGUUAACAUCCUGCCAGGAUCUGGCUCACUGGUCGGCCAGAGGCUCUCGGACCAUCCCGAUGUGCGGAAAAUUGGGUUCACGGGCUCCACCGAGGUGGGAAAGCACAUCAUGAAAAGCUGUGCCCUGAGCAAUGUGAAGAAGGUCUCCCUAGAGCUGGGCGGAAAGUCUCCCCUCAUCAUCUUCUCCGACUGUGACCUCAGCAGGGCUGUGCAGAUGGGGAUGAGCGCAGUGUUCUUCAACAAAGGUGAGAACUGCAUCGCAGCCGGCCGGCUCUUUGUGGAGAACUCGAUUCAUGACCAGUUUGUGCAGAAGGUGGUGGAAGAGGUGGGGAAGAUGAAGAUCGGCAACCCUCUCGACCGGGACACCAACCACGGGCCGCAGAACCACCAGGCCCACCUCCGGAAGCUGGUGGAGUACUGCCAGCGUGGCGUGAAGGAGGGGGCCACGCUGGUCUGCGGGGGGAACCAAGUCCCUCGGCCAGGCUUCUUCUUUGAGCCGACCGUCUUCACGGACGUGGAGGACCACAUGUUCAUAGCCCGGGAGGAGUCCUUCGGGCCCAUCAUGAUCAUCUCCCGAUUUGCUGACGGCGACAUGGACACCGUGCUGUCUCGGGCCAACGCCACAGAGUUUGGCCUGGCCUCUGGUGUCUUCACCAGGGACAUCAAUAAGGCCCUGUACGUCAGCGACAAGCUGGAGGCGGGCACAGUGUUCAUCAACACCUACAACAAGACCGACGUGGCCGCCCCCUUUGGAGGGUUCAAGCAGUCCGGAUUUGGCAAAGACCUGGGAGAGGCAGCCCUGAAUGAGUACCUGCGGGUCAAGACGGUCACCUUCGAGUACUGAAGACCAGCCUCCCUCCUGUGGGCUCGGCCUCCCAGCACCCAGCCCCGCGCCCUGAAUGUGGCGGGAGCCCCCUGCCCCCUCUGGGGCCCUGUCCAGUCAGAGUGACCUCAGCUGGGUGAGCAACUGGCCCCGUGCAAAUAAAGGUUCUGACCAGUGCAGCCACCA